AUUUUUGUCUUUGCACCACCUAUGGCCCCGACCGUCACAUCCACCGUAAUCGACGACAAGCCUGAGAUCUACGAAGACAACCAUGUACACGAUGUUUAUGACCAGAUCGCUUCACAUUUCUCAUCGACAAGGUACAAGCCAUGGCCAAUAAUCGCCAAUUUCUUAGCGACGAUUCCGACCGGAUGGAUAGGUUUAGACUCUGGAACUGGCAACGGAAAAUACCUACCGCUCCCAUUGGAAAGACCAGGAAGCAUAAGGACCAUUGGCCUAGACAGAAGUCUGCCUCUGCUUGAAAUCGCGAAAACAGCCGGAGACAUUCUUGGGUAUGGAUGGAGGACUGGAGCAUUUGAUUAUGCCAUUUCUAUUGCGACCAUCCAUCAUCUUGCUACAUCAGAACGUAGGCAAAUGGCGGUACAGCGUUUACUCGAAGCAGUUUCUGCGUCUCACGGUCGCGUUUUGAUAUACGUAUGGGCUAUCGAGCAAGAUGAGCUUUCAAAACGCACCGUGCCCACCAGUUCUCACUCUAGCCAAAACGGACAGGAUGUUUUGGUUCCAUGGGUCCUGAACCAGCCGUCCAGGGAGUCCCCUCAAUCUGGUCGUGUUCUGCAGCGCUAUUACCACAUGUUUGCGCAGAAUGAACUCCCUGGACUUGUUGUCAAGUGCGCAGAGCAGAUGGAAUUAUGUGUCGGGCCCAAAGCAACUUUUGGCGCGAGCCAUUCUGGCGUUGAAAUUAUUCAAGACGGCUGGGAACGAUCCAAUUAUUACAUAGAAUUGCGGCGAUGGCAAUCUUAAUUUCAUCGUCAGUCUUGCGU